AUGCAGACUGCUUCUACAAACAUUUGUGAAAGACUGUGCAAUAAAUCCAUCCAUGAAAUUUCCUUGCUACUAAAUAUUCCACAGUCAACUGUUAGUGGUAUUAUAACAAAGUGGAAGCAACUGGGAACAACAAAAACAGCAACAGUAAAAAAAUGAAAGAGCAGGGUCAGCGCAUGCUGAAGCACACAGUGCGCAGAAGUCGCCAAACUGUCUGCAGAGUCAAUAGCUAAAGACCUUCCAAACUGCAUUUGGCUUUCAGGUUAGCACAACAGCUUCAUGGAAUGGGUUUCCAUGGCUGAGCAGCUGCAUCCAAGCCUUACAUCACAAAGUGCAAUACAAAGUGUCGGUGCAGUGGUGUAAAGCAUGCUGCCACUGGACUCAAG